AUGUAUUCUGAUUAAAAUCCUAAUUUAUUGAAUAAUUAUGAUUAAAUAAAAUAUCUGAAAUUUGAGGGUCAAUAUGGAUUGGACUGUAAAAAAUUUGGGAAGUGGAAAACAAUUUGGAACGGAGAAUUUCUUAAAGAAUUAGGUGGAUACUAUUAAACUGGAUUAAAAUAGGGUUUAUGGAAAGAGUUAAUUCGGAAUUAUUAAAGGUAAAAGAUUUAAUUAUCUUGAAUCUAGUCUAGCUAAAGUAUAUGAAAAGGGAGUAUACUUGAAUGGUUAAAAGUAUGGAAUGGGGAAUUAUAUCUAUAAAAAUUAAAAUAUGUAAUAUUCAUUAUUAAUUAUUAAAGUGGUGGGGGAUUUUACAAUGAAUAAUUUAAAAAAAAGGGGAAAUGGAUAGAAUUGAGUGAAGGUUUCUGUAAUAUGUCCUAAAUUACAUAUAAGGGUGAAUAUCAUAAAAGUAAAAAAGUAGGCAUAUGGAAUAUUUAUUUUCUUAAAGAGUUAAUGUAAACUAAAAAAAAUAAUACUUAGUGGGGGUUUGAAAAAGAAGUGAUGUAAAAUUUUAAGAAAUCUAAUUACCUAACGGAGAGGGUACAUAUGAUGAAGGAGGUGGAAUCAAGAUUGGAAAUUGGAUUGAGGUUUUUGAUAAAUUUGACAAUUUGACUCAGGUUACUUAUAAUGGUCAAUAUAAAAAUGGAAAUAAAGUCGGUAAAUGGGACAUUUUAUUUGAAGAAGAAGUGAUGUAAAAUUUUAAGAAAUCUAAUAACUUAGUGGAGGGGUUACAUAUGAUGAGAAAGGUGAAUGUAUCAAGAUUGGAAAUUGAAUUGAACGAAGCGACGAAUUUUGGAGGGACUCUUGAGUACUUUAUAAUGGCAAUUAUAAAAAUGGAAAUAAACCAGGUAGAUGGGAUAUUGAGCAUGAUGGUGGAUCUUAUGAUGAGUAAGGUGAAGGUAUUAAGCUUGGAAAAUGGAUUGAAUUAAGUGAUAGUUUUAAAAGCGGUUCUGAAGUUAUCUAUAAAGGGGAAUAUAAAAAUGGAGUUAAAGUAGGUAGAUGGAAUAUCAAAUACAGGGAGAAAAAAAUGUAAAAUGUUAAAAUAUUAUUGGUUAGAGGAGGAGGAUCUUAUGAUGAAAAAGGUCAAGGUAUUAACAUUGGAAACUGGAUAGAAGUAAUUGAUGGAUUUAGUUUUGGGUCUGAAAUAACCUAUGAUGGAUAAUAUAAAAAUGGUAUAAAAGUUGGCACAUGGGUUGAAAUGAAUGACUGGUUACAUAAAGAAAUGAUAUAUGAUGAUUGA